CAGGCGGAGCCGGGAUCCUCCGGGAUCCUCCGGGGCUCGGUCCGUCCGCCCGCCGCCCACAGUCGUCUCGGCCCCUUGCCCAGGAGAAUGGCGGGAAAAGUCAAAUGGGUAACGGAUAUCGAGAAGUCCGUGCUGAUCAAUAACUUUGAGAAGAGGGGGUGGAUUCAAGUGGCUGAAAAUGAAGAUUGGAAUUUUUACUGGAUGAGUGUCCAAACGAUCCGGAACGUUUUCAGCGUGGAAGCUGGCUACCGCCUCUCGGACGAUCAGAUCGUCAACCACUUCCCGAACCACUAUGAGCUGACCAGGAAGGACCUGAUGGUGAAGAAUAUUAAGCGGUACAGGAAAGAACUCGAGAAAGAAGGGAGCCCCUUAGCCGAGAAGGAUGAGAAUGGCAAGCACCUUUACUUGGAUUUUGUGCCGGUCACUUUCAUGCUUCCUGCCGAUUACAACCUGUUUGUUGAAGAAUUCAGAAAAAACCCUUCCAGCACGUGGAUUAUGAAACCUUGUGGAAAAGCGCAGGGAAAGGGGAUAUUCCUCAUCAACAAACUGUCCCAGAUUAAGAAGUGGUCGCGGGACAGCAAGACGUCCUCGUUCGUGGCCCAGCCUUCUAAAGAAGCCUACGUGAUCUCACUGUACAUUAACAACCCAUUAUUGAUUGGCGGGAGGAAGUUCGAUCUGCGCCUGUACGUGCUGGUAUCCACGUACCGCCCCCUGCGCUGCUACAUGUACAAACUGGGUUUUUGUCGGUUUUGCACAGUGAAGUACACGCCCAGUACCAGUGAGUUGGACAACAUGUUUGUUCAUCUCACCAAUGUGGCCAUCCAGAAACAUGGGGACGACUACAAUCACAUCCACGGGGGCAAGUGGACAGUGAAUAACUUGAGGUUGUACCUGGAGAGCACGCGUGGAAAGGAGGUCACGAGCAAACUGUUUGAUGACAUCCACUGGAUCAUCGUGCAGUCGCUCAAGGCCGUAGCACCCGUCAUGAACAAUGACAAGCACUGCUUCGAGUGCUACGGCUACGACAUCAUAAUCGACGACAAACUCAAGCCGUGGCUGAUUGAGGUCAAUGCCUCACCGUCCCUCACAUCCAGCACAGCCAAUGACCGCAUCCUCAAAUACAACCUCAUCAACGACACCCUGAACAUCGCCGUGCCCAACGGUGAGAUUCCAGACUGCCGGUGGAACAAAUCGCCCCCCAAGGAAGCGCUGGGGAACUACGAGAUUCUGUACGACGAAGAGUUGGCCCAGAGUGAGGGAGCGGAUCGGGAUUUGAGAAAUCGGCCCGGACAGUCCAUCGGGUCCAAGGGCGGCAGAGUGAGAGACGCAGGAAAGCCCAUGCUCACGACAUGGAAAUAGCGGCACCAGCGACAAGCUGGCUGCCAGGCCUGGACUCUCUGGGGACUCAGACAGGCCUGGCCUUGAUCCGGGGGCUUCUGACAAACUCCCCAUUCUGACUGCUCCCUCCCCCACCGACAUGAUACUGGGAAGCAGAGCCUCGACCCGGCCAGGAGGCCCAGUGGUCCACUUGCACUCUCCUGCCCGAGCGAUGGCUGUUCACCGUUGCCUGCUGCCCGCUGUCCCCAUGGUCCUGCUGGUCCUCGUGGUAGGAGCCUGCCUCCCUGUUGCGCGAGGUCUUGCCUGUCCCAGAAAGUGGCUCCCAGCUGUGUUUUGCCCAAAGGAUUCAUCCUCAGGUGGCUCCCAGCCCUGGGGCCAGGCACAGGCACGUUUGGUUUUGGGGUUGCUUUGGCUUUCAGUCUCCUCCGGCUUGUCUUGACCACAUCUUUGGGCAAUCCAGUGACAGUAGUGGGUACCACCAUAUAAUCCCAUGUGUCCGGCGCAGUUGGUGCAGACCCGUCCUUGCCUGGCACGGAGUGAAUUUCCAAGCGAUGAGGGAGGAGGUGGUCAGCUCAGUGCCCGCCCUGUCAGUGUGAACAGUUCUUGGCUUUUUCCUCCUCAUGCGCCAGCACCAGGUCAGGAGGAGGGUUUCAUUGGUGGGAGUCGGUGGUCAGCCCCAGCCACACAGCCCUCUCUCGGGUGGGACGUCACCGCACUGGUCUUCUGCGACCGACUUGGGGAAAAUAAAGCGAAGGCCAGGGGAGCGCUGAGGCCAACACACCAGUGAUCAAUCGAUCGUUUGGGUUAAUGGAUACACCAGGGGAACUCCAGAGGCCAUGGGGCACUUCAACUUGAGGGCUUCUACAGGGCUUUCUCCUUAAAUCAAUCAGUGGAAUUUUCUGAGCACCUUCGGGUACAGAGCAUUGUGCUAAUCAGUCCAACAAUGGUAUUC